AAUUCAUUCAAGGAAUUUAAUGUUCUUGCAUUUCUUUUAGACUUGAAAGCAAAACAGAAAAAAAAAAAAAAAAAAGUAAAAUCAAAUUCAUCAAAAUUGGCUUCGUUUUUUUUUAUUUAUGUGAUGCUUUGAUCCAGUUUUUAUAUAUAUUCAAACCAUUGAAUUGAAACAUUCAUUUAGCAUUGAUACUUUUUGCAGGGUGGGGAAGUGGUAAAUAAAUGGCAGAGUCAGAGGAGAUUUCGGCUUCGGAUUUAACAGAUUCACAAAGAUAUUGGAUUCAAUAUUCCAGGCAGCAGUGUCUUAAUCUCCCUUCAGGAUCAGUUACUGGGUUUGAAUGGAAAGAUUAUUGUCCUAAAGUUUUCAGGCUUAUACAAGAGCUCGAAAAUAUCAGCAAUGAAUACUACAUGAUGUUAAUUUGUAGUGACGAAACUCUAAGGAAGGUGUCUUCAUCAGUGAGAGCUGGCAACAUGUUCCUUUUGUCCAAGGACAACCGGUUUGUAAUUAGAACACUACGCAAAUCUGAAGUCAGGGUCCUCUUAGAAAUGCUUCCAGACUACUAUAACCAUCUCAGAAAGUUUCGCAACACGGUCUUGAACAAGCUUUAUGGUGCUCAUGUCGUAAAGCCAGUUGGAGGUGCUAAGGUUUACUUUGUGGUUGUAGCAAACAUAUUCAAAUCAGAUUUAUUGAUGCACCGGUGUUAUGACCUCAAAGGCUCAUUACAAGGUCGAAAAGUCGAAAAAAUGAGAUUCCGAGAGAAAAUUCUUCACAAGGAGUCGGAUCUUGAUUUUCUCUUUUACCUUGAACCGCUGGUUCGACAUAGGCUUUUGAAGCAAAUCAAGUAUGAUUGUGCUUUUCUCGAGGCUGCAGGUGUCAUGGAUUACAGUCUGAUGCUUGGCUUACACGUAAAAGGAUCACCUCAAGGUCUGUUGGAUGCUGGACGUUCACGUUCUGCGGGCUCCCAAGGUUCUGUUGAUAGUAGUUCUUCCACCGACAGCAGGAGAAUGUCCUGUGACUCGUUGAGUCGAAGUGAGUUAUACUCACAUAGAUCCUCUGCAUCUUCAUUUCGAGAUUCAAUUGACAUGGGGUCAGAAUUGAGUUUUGGUGAUCAAUGGCUACCAAAUAGCAGUAAUAAUUCUAGCUUUGGGGAAGAAAUGUCUGCACGUGGUGUUCACGUACCGAAGAACGGAACUGCAAAUAUAUCAUCAGAAGGAAGUCCCAAGUCUCGGGAGUGUUAUGAUGUACUUUUGUAUUUUGGAAUAGUGGAUUUUUUCCAAAAUUACAGCGUGAUCAAGCGAAUCGAGCACGCAUACAAGUCGUUGCAGUUCGACCGAAAGAUGAUUGCAGCUGUAAACCCGAAAGCAUAUUCGUCUCGGUUUCAAGAAUUCAUCAGUGACAUAUUUAAAGCGGACGACACGCCCAGUCUCCCCACGGAGCUCACAAAUGGAUGCAGAUAAAAAAGGCCAUGCAACGAAGGAGUAGGUUUUGAGCAUGUCCAGAAAUUAUGGAAGAUGUAACCAUGUAGACAAAUAUUCUGUAAGGUUGAGAAUUAUCCCUUGAUUACUUGAAAAUAGAACCAAAAAUCCAAAUCAGAAAUUUAGAGUUUAGUUGCUUGUGCACGCUAAGCUUCUGAUUAAAUGAAGCUUUCUAUAGGUGCAAUGUAUUCCAAUCUCUAGUUUUCAUACAGAAAUGCAACUAAUUUAAAUUUGUGGAAAA